AUGGCUUCUGAGCAAAGCACGAGUCCACUAUCAGCGGAUCUACAGGACAGAGUAUCCAUCUUCACCGCUGAAAUCAUCGACCUGUUCGCCAACAGAUGCAUCGGUCCCAAGCCUACACGACCAGUGGACUGGCGGCGUGCCGGCUGCGGUUGUGGCUGCGAGAUGUGUCUGCAGCUCGAUUCCUUCCUCGGUAAUCCCUCGCAAGAAGAAUUUUCGAUCUCUGCAGGAAAUGAGGAUGGCAUGCGACACUUGACUGGUCGGUUGCCUGGCAUCGACCAACCCUUCUGGAAAGGAGAAAAGCCCGAGAAUGAAACGCAGGUCGAACCUGGUUUCAAGCUCAAGGUCCGCAAGACGGUGAGGGCAUGA